AUGCAGGAUAACAUUAAAUGGACACAAGUGGUACCUGGGACCAGCAAAGGAGCGCAAAUUAACAGCAUUGCUUACAGCCCGUGUGGUGAUUACAUUGUAGCGGCGUGUGGACUGCAUGUGCAGGUGUACGCAUCCUCUACCGGGACCCUCCUGUAUUCUCUUAAAGGCCAUGAGAACACUGUGUAUUGUGUGGAUUACAUGUCUGACGGUCAGCGUUUUCUCAGUGGCGGGGCGGAUAUGACGGUGAUCAUCUGGACCAAUAAGUUUGAGGGUGUCCUCAAGUUUCGACACAAGGCCUCGAUCCAAGCUUUGGUAGCGAACCCCACGAGCCCGAAGAUUGCAUCGAUCUCGUCCGUGGACUGGGCGGUGUGGGGACCAUCCAUGGGAAAGGUGGUGAAGCACCGGCUUCAGUCCAAAGGCUUAUGUGGGGCAUGGACGGCUGACGGACAGACGCUGGCAAUAGGAAUGAUAGAUGGGAGUAUCAUCACUGUCGGGAGUGAUGAAAUAGAAAAGGUGCUAAUUCGACGAAAGCAUCCUGUGUGGACUAUCAGGUUUAGCUCUUUACGAGAAAAUGGUGCCGAUGUUCUUGCUGUUGGUUCUUGGGAUCAGAGCCUGUCAUUUUACAACCUGAAUGGUACGCUUGUUGGCAAGGAGCACGACCUUGGGUUUGAACCCUGCUGUAUCUCUUUUUACGAUAACGGGGAGUACCUCAUACUGAGUGGUAGCGAUCACAAAGUUUCAUUGUACACUAAAGAUGGUAGCAACCUUUUAACCUUGACUAAUGCGGACAGCUGGGUGUGGUGCGUCCAACAACGGCCUAAAAGUAACCAAAUCUGUUGCGGCACGAACGACGGAACGAUUUUUUGUUUGGAGGUCUCCACAAGCCCCCUUCAAAGUAUCUACAUGGAUCAGUUUGUCUAUCGUGAGGGGAUGACCAAUGUCGUUGUGUACCAACCAUCCAUUGAUCGCAGGAUGGUUAUUCCAUGUAAUAAUUACGUAUACAAAAUUGCGACCUUUCGCGAUCGGCUGGCGGUGCAAUUUAAGGAUAGAAUUGUCAUUUUUGAGCCUUUUUAUGAUGAUGAAAGAAGUAUGCGGUACCAUGAUAUCGCACAGAUCCGUAGGAACCUGGACUGCAAGAUGCUCUGCGUUACGGGGCAUGCUGUUAUUCUGUGCAAGGAGUGUAGAAUAACUAUGUAUGAUUUCGAUGGCAACAAGCGCCGCGAAUGGGUGGUUGAUAGCGUGAUUAGCUUCAUUAAGGUAGAUGGUGGCCCAGAUCACCGUGAAGCGCUUCUCCUUGGUCUUGAAAAUGGUCAAGUGAUGAAAAUAUUUAUUGACAAUCCUUUCCCUACAACACUUAUUACGCUUGACGCACCGAUUCGACAGUUGGACCUGAGUAGCAACCGCAUGAAAAUUGCCGUUAUAGACACUAAUAGCCUGCUUCGAGUCUUUGACCUUGAAAAUAAGGGAGCUUUGCUUUUUUCAGAGCCCGACACGAAAACGGUGGCCUGGUGUAUGGAAAAUGAUAAUAUGAUCGCAUACACUACGGGAACUAACACUCUAAAUAUCAAAACCGACACACUUCCAGCUUAUCAACAGACAGUGCAGGGGUCCGUGGUGAGCUUCAAAGCGUAUCAGGUCUAUACUCUUGAAGGAAACAAUAUUAUGACCAUAGAUGUGCCGCAUGCCAACUCACUCUAUCGUUAUAUUGAAUCCAAAGACUUUGAUUCUGCCUAUCUAAUCGCACGCUUGGGGAUCACCGAGAGCGAUUGGAAGAUGCUUGGGUUGCAUGCUAUGUCUGCGCUUAAGCUUGAUAUCGCGCGAAAAGCUUUUACUUGCAUUCAUGAUACGAAGUUUGUUGAGCUACUGAACAACCUGGAAUUGUUUCGUCGACAACAAAAAGAAAUCGGUUCGGACUCUGGAAAGAAUGAGGUAGAUCAAAGAAAUGUUCUCCUAGGUGACGUGUUGGCCUUCCAGGGCAAAUUUAAGGAGGCCGCUCGACAAUAUGUAAAGGCUGGAUACGAAGAUCGUGCGAUUGAUAUGUUUUGUGAUAUGAAAAUGUGGGAAGAUGCACGGAAGGUUUGUAGCGAUGAUCGACAUCUGAAGGAUCUUAUCUGCCAGCAAGCACUCUGGGCUGAAGAAUCGAAAAACUAUGCGGAAGCCGCUUUUCUUUACGAGACUUCUGGUGACUAUAGCAAGGCCAUCCAUAUGUUGAGCCAAGCCAAAGACCUUGAUAAGCUUAUGAAGACCUGCCGCUCUCUUCCCAAGAGCGAGGUUGCCCUUAUUACGCAAUGUGCGGAAUGCUUCAAGAAGAAUGGAGCCAUUCCCUUCGCUAUCGAGGCGUACGAAAAGGUGGGUGAUAACCACUCUCUCAUCCGAAUCUAUGUCGAGACGGGAAAUUGGCAAAGAGCCUUUGCGGUUUUCGAGAAAUGCCCGCAGUACACUCGCGAGCUCUACGUCCCUUGGGCUAACUGGCUGGCGGAGAAUGACAAGUUUGAGGAGGCGCUUGAGGCCUUUCGCGCCGCGGAGUGGCCGAAGGAGACGGUGCGAAUGAUGGAGGUUUUGGCCUCCAACAGCGUCACCUGCCGCAAGUUCCGCGACGCCGCAUUUUACUAUAUUCACCUUGCCAACGAGUACGGGCAAUUUGAGGAUGACGAUCACCCAAGCGAGAUGCAUAUGGCCGCGCUUAUUAAACAGAGCAAUGAAUGCGUCCGACGUGCCGAUAUGUAUUAUGUGUACGCGAACAUUUAUACCCACAUGGUGCAGCCAUUCCCAUACAACGAAAUUCGCCUUUAUCGAAUGUCGCGUUAUCUGCUUGCGAUGGCAAGUGAGGGGGUGAUCCCGAUGAACAUUGGGAAGGCGGAGAUCCUGUGCACGUUGGCGCGCACGGCAUGCCGUCUGGACAUGGUGCGCACCGCUCGCGCGGUGUUUGAGAAGCUGCAUUCUGUAAUACUCGCUCCACCCAUAUUAGAGCAGGUGAGCAUCGAAACCCUUCUGGCGCGUUGUAAACGGUACGCGGAUCGGGAUGAACUUCUCGAUACGUGUUAUCGUUGUAAACAUGUCGUGCCGCAGCUGACGGAUCCUGGUGAUCGCUGCCCGAACUGCUAUCACCCUUUUGUUCGUUCAUUUGUUAACUUUGAGGUAUUACCACUCGUGGAGUUUACCCUCUCGAAUGAUUUGACGGAUAACAUAGCGGAGAAGUUGAUUCGCGCUGAUCUUGGUGCCGGCACUUUUAACCUAGGUGGUAAAUCGGACGGGGACUCUCAGGACCAGUGGAAUAGAGCCACUCUCAAUGAAGAUGCCAAUCCUGUUCAAUCGGGUAAGGAAUGGAGUGAGGGUACCGGCGUCAACGUCAUUAAUUUUGAGAGCGAAAACAUAGAUUAUGAAAUCGAUAAUCAGUUGAUAGCAAUGGGGAAAUCCAAAGCAGCGGCCAACAAAGGGGAUGAUCCCUUUUUCACGCAACUGCAGUAUGUGAUGCGUUCUAAUCGUGUGAAAGGUGAAUAUCAGCCUUUUGUCGCUAACGCAAGUCUCAUCAAAUCGUUGAAGCGUGAAGGAAUUUUUAUUAUGAACCCUCGCUACGGGGUCUUGCCCGUGCCGAAUCGCUACUAUCGAUUAGUCGAGUCUAACAGAUCUAUUAAACUGUGUAAGGGUUGUCAACACUUCUUUAUUGCACGGGAUUAUGAAUAUCAAUGUAUGAAGGGCUCUGGCUGCCCGCUCUGUCGCUACAACCCCGCAAAGCAAAUCGGUCCUUCUCUCAGGGAGGGGAUGAUGGAAUUCGAAGAAAUCAUGCGGUAA